AUGUGCUUCACCAGUAUAAAAUACGCCUGCGAUCACAAGGAAAAGAAAGUCCUCAAAUGCCGCAAGCUUUGGUCCGCAAGGACGGGCUGGUGCUGUCACCCCGCCUUUCUAUUCGUCUUCGGCUGGCCGACUGAAGAGCCUUGCAGCGACUACCUCGAGGAGAGAGCCUUCCUCUCCUCGAAAAUCUGCCCAGCGUGUACCAAAGCAGAGCAGUCCGGCCCCAAUACCAGGGGCAUCGUGCUGAGCAAGUAUCGUCAAAGGCUCACGCCCGAGGCGCUGGACGCCUCGCGGAAGCGCAUGCAGGAGGAGAAGGAGAAGGACGAGGUCGUCAAGGAGCGGUGGUAUUCACGGGAGGAGAACUUCCAGGAGUCCUUGAGGGGGCGGGAGCAGGAGGAGCGAAAGGCUGCCGCCGGUGACGACGCCAAAACCGAUAAAGCCCUGCCCGAUAUGCCGUCGUUCGUACACGUCCCUCUCGGUGAGCGCUGGGGUGACCCGAGCUACCACUACCCACAACACAUUGCGGAAGCGUAUGGAGCCGCUCCCUGUCGUCUGUCGAAAGCGCCUACUCAUUCGGGUGUGAAUGAGCAGCAGUUGCAACCUCCGCAUGUGCCUGAACGACCAACUAAGAACAUCGAAGUUGUGUUGAAAGACCGGGAUCGACCAGCAAUCAGCUUGGAGCAAAGCCAAACAGGAGGACACCGCUCAAGUCGUCACGAUCAUGAGAGAGAGCAUAUUGCGAGUCCAGUUGACAGUUGUCGGUAUGCACAACAUCUUGUGGGUACAACAGACAAUAUGGAUCGAUGCCAGUAUGCAGCACGGCAAGUUACGAGUCUGGAUCCCGGCCCUUACCGUCAUAUUGGAAAAGAGGUGGACGGAGGCCGGUUGCGAUAUGACCUUGAAACACAGCAGCAGAGGCCGAAGCAGUCGCUCGUUCCCCACCAGAGCAGGUACGCCGAUUCCAGGAGUCUGACCGACACCAAGCCCACACCGGAGGCGCCCAUCGGAGAGAGAAGGGGGCACAGACAGCCGCAACCCCUGACCGACAAACGUUCGCGGCCUAGAGAGCCCCGUCGCCGAGGCACCGAACCUAUGCCUCCGGCGAAAACGCCAAAGUCGGCCUCACUGAAGGGGUUCUUCCAGGCGUUCGGAAACAGUUCGCGUCGUAGUGAAGAUGCUCGUCGCGAUAGAGUCGAGAGCCCGAACGUUACUUCGGACGACCACUCAGACAUCAGCUCUUUUGUGUGCUGCAAAUCCCGCGACGUGGAGAAGGGGAGGAUGUAA